AUGCCGCUCUACAUCCCAAGGCUUCAGCGCGCUGUGUCCAACUACGUCCACCAGCCCUCAUCCAGGGACGCCAGCGAGGCCCGCAGGGUCAUUCAGGAGUACCUAGCCGAUCCCCGGACCUGCAACAGUGUGUAUGAGAUACUCCUUGAUUACGCAACGAAGGAAAGAUUCAGCGACAACGCCGUCGGCAAAGUGACUUUGCUGCUCAGGCAGUACAUCAACAGGUUCCAUCCAUCGACUGACACCCUCCAUGCUAUCGGAAAUUUCUGCAACUCAGCAAGCACCUGUUUGGGGAAGACUGCUCCAGACUUGCAGAAGAGGCUUGCAUAUUUGCUGGUACUUGUGGAACGAUUGAGCAGGCAGUCUCCCAGCCCUACAACACAGCCUUGGCCAUCCAUCCUGCUGGGCCCCCAACUCUUGCCUUCCCUUGCGGGUGGUCCAUCAACACCACCAGUUGUUGAACCAGUGAAAGAAAGUGAGCCAGCCAAAGAUGCACAGGCCCAUGGGAUCUUUGGACUGUCUACCCGCACACACAUUCUCCUGGACAGCAACGCGGGUAGUGUCGUUGAAGAGUUGAAGCUCCAGCCCAGGCACAGUGCACCAGAGAAGAUUUCCUUUUGCAACAUCGAUGACAAACUCCUAGGCCUUCAAAGUACUGGUGCUUUGCAUCAGCAGCCUCCUGCACAGGAGUGGUUGCUGAGCAGCUAUGAUGACAGAACAGGAGAAGCCCCAGGCGUGUUUCCCCAAGAGCUGCUGCGCUUCAGACCGCCAAUGGUCUGGAUGCAAGGCACAGGAAUAUCAGAGAAGGAGAAUGGGUGGCUUGCUGUUCAAGAAGUACCUGCUGUGCUGAAAGCCGAGCACUUGUGGAGCGUGAUCGCAUCUCAAAAGGCACAGGAGGACGUUGAGAUGCAGGAGUUGGGGAGUUUGUAUGGAGCUGGGCCACUGUUCCAAUACAAGAACUAUCUGGAACAGGAUCCCCUCCAGAUAAGCAGCGAUGUAUUGGCUGCCAUUGUGGAAUCUGUUUGUGGGACAAAAGCUGCUGGAGCUGAAGGAGUGCAAGGGGCUGGGAGUGUAUGGGGGACAAGUACAAUUGAUCUCUGGGAGGAGCCUGGGGGAGCGAAAUCCACAGGAGAGGUUGGUGGCACCGUUCUCAUAAAGCUCAUCAUAGACAUGUUCAUUGCGAUGGGGGCACAAGUGUCCUACCCACUUGUGUUGCGCAUGCUGCAAGACACCCUCAGUGACGAAGAUCCCAGAGUGCGGUCCCAUUCGUUUGACACAGUCUACAACCUGUCCAUCCACAGCGAGUUGAUGCUGGCAUACAAGGAGGAGACUAUACGAGAGGAGGCCGAGGUUCCAGUAGGCGAUGGCAGCCCUGCGCUGAGCAAUACCAGCAGGAGACCACCCUCGCUCUUUGCCAGCGCAAGCCCAGCGCCGAGCAUGAAGUCUGGUCGAGGGUCUGCUGACCGCAUGGGGUAUCACAUGGCAGAGUUGGGAUCUGAUUACCAGACCGGCAAGGAGGCUGCAAGUGCAGAAUCUGACGAGUCUGAAAGGAGGGUGAUGCGCAACAUGGACUGGUGGCUGAGAACACUGCUCUUCGAUUUGCUGAUAAUUAUAACACAGCUGGACGAGAGCAGUGAACUUGUUUGGCUGUCAGCUGUGGGCUGCCUGUUGCAUUUCGUCACAACGUCGGGGCAGAUUCUGGCUGACAGGGUGGAUAGGCUGCCAUUGACAGUGCUCUCCAGGAUGCUAAGGAAAUGUCUCCAGUUCCACUGGGCGGAGGAAUUGCAUGCACAUCUGUUGAAGCUUGUAGUCAACAUGCUGUAUGUUCCAUUGAAGCAGCAAACAGGUAUGCUGACCACCGCACAGGUGCGUGCUUCCCCGGUCUUGAGUGAAGCGAGAUUGGAGCAAUUUGGCGGAGCCGCCGAGCUGAUAUAUCACCUCCGGCACACCAACAGCACGGAAGUGGGCACAAAACUCAUCUACACAUUGGUGGAUCAUGCUGCCACCAAAGCAGGUUAUGACAGUGGCACUGUGGGCUCUCUGAGCUCUCUGCUUGCUACAUCUGGUGUUCUGGAUAUGAUGCGUUGGACAUCUCAACAUGCUCAGCCUGGAGUUGCAGACAGGCUCCAUCAAGUCUUCCAAAACUGUGUGGUACCUGAGGGUGCUGGGGACACACCCAAGUCGCACCCCCUCCACAACAGGGGCCUCUCGCGCUCGUCCAGAGUCUCCAGUGAGUUUGAAGACCUUAUGAGCCUUGGCUCGACACCUGGCCUUGUGAUCAAGCCUGACAUGGUGGAGGGCUGGCAGCUGAUACUGUCAGGCCUGGAGUCCAUGCUGUGCGUAAUGGAUCCUUACUUCGAGAGUGUGCCUAGGAGUUUAGAAAUUACCUUCAAUGAAGUAAAUGGGUGCGGAUUCGCCGGAGAUGGUGCAUGGCAGGAGUUGGAAGCGCUUUUGGCAAGCAAAGUUGCAGCUGAGCGGAUGCGUGGAAUUGGAUGGCUUUCGAAAAUCUUGAUGAUGCAAGUGGGGCGGCCAUCGAAGGGAAAGGCUCGAAUGCCAGUCAAGUCCCUUCUUCCCUGUGCCCCAGCACCCGGUGAGAGAAUCGAGUCCCCCAGGAAUGGAGGGUGCAUGACAAGCUUAACUAAAGUAUUGGCUCAGUGGUUGAUUCAACCACAAGAAGGCACGCCGAUUGGCAAGGAAUUUGCAGACCUGCUGAACCGCAUCCUGGCCUACCUAGUGUCACAGCCUCACACAAGGAUAGAGAAUGAGAAUCGAAGAGAAAUGAGAAUUGAAGAGACGUUGGCCAUGUUCAUGGGGACUUUGUCAGCGGCCAUGGGUUGGCUGGACAGGAUUCCCAAAAAGCACAGGUUGGCCCCGUUGAUGACAGUGUGCGUGAAGCUGCUCGAGGUCAUGUGCACUCCACCAGCAGAUCCCAGAUCUCCCAAGGACGGCAAUCAACUCAGGCAGCCAUCUCCGUCGUUAGGGGGCUCCAGGAGAGGGCGAGGGCCUGUGGGAAGCAGUUUCAUUCCAGACUCUUUCAUGAUUGGUACUGUGCCUGUGUACUCAAGACUGCUGGCUGCGCUUCCGAUGCCAAUUGUGGAAACCUUGAUUCAACACUUGGACAAGUUCUUUCCUGCUUACAGGGAAUUCCCUGAGUCUCUGGGCUUCCAUGGCCGCCCGGGCCAUAGGCCCCAGCCACAGCAGGACGCUGCUGCAGUUGAGCAGUGCACACCCUGGGUUGACAGUGUUGCUGAUGUGCGGGCUGUGUUGCUGCUGCUCUCUUUCUUUGCCACGAGCACUGUGCCCGCCAAAAAGGGCGCCGCCAACGGCGAGCAGCUGGUGAGGAGCUUGUGCCUGCAGUACCAGGAUGAUUUCGAUGUGCGUGUGAGCUACGUGGCAAGCAGGUAUUUGCUGCAGCACUUUGUCCAGAGGAGGCCGAUGCAGUACAGGCAAGCGCUGAGGGGUUUCUUGGGGUAUGCACAGCAGAUGAAUGAUGAGGCCCUGAUUGUAAACCCCUAUCUUCAGGUCAAAAAUAUCACAGACAUGCGACUAGCAGAAUUGUGA